AUGUUGGAAGGGAGGGGAGUUAUAGAAAGUACAGACAUGGCAGAGGAGUUACAAAGGCAUGCAAUGCUCUUUGCAUCGGAAGCUCUUGAUUUGUUUGACAUUUCCCAGUGCCAAAACAUUGCAUGCCAUAUCAAGAAGCUGUCUGAUAAGUGCUAUGGUGAGGGAUGGCAUUGCAUUGUGGGGAUGAAAUUUGGCUGUUAUUUCACUCAUGGCAAAGGAAGUUUCAUCUAUUUCUAUUUGGGGAUGCUCAAAUUCUUGAUAUUCAAGGGAGCAUAA